GCCGGUGGCAGCGGCGGGACGGUUGAGUUGAGCGUACCGCUCCACUGGCAGAAGUAAAUAUGAGGCGAUCAGCAGCUCCAAGUCAAUGUCUAGGGAAUUCAGCUAAAAAGCCAAGGUUUAUACCUCCAGGAAAAAAUAACACAAUCUGUCUGAAGAAAGAAAAUGAACAGCUGGUCCCAGAAAUUAAGUUGACUGAGGUAGAAGAGAAACAGCAGAGCGGCUCUGGGCAUAUAAGAGCUCUUUCUAGAAUAUGUGGUAUAAAUAUAAAUUCUACACGGGCUGUGGAAUCUCUUGGAGAAAUAAGCUCCAUGGAAAAGUGUAAUGGAGAAAAAGAGUGUGAGGCUGCUGGAAUGAAAAAAGUAAAUAGAACUAAAGCAGACCCAGUGCAUGUACCAACACCAGAAAUAGCAAGACACAAGAAAGAGGAAGACGAACCUGACUGCCUUGCAAAAUACUUCAGUGUUGUGUGGUGUAAGGCUUCAAAGAAAAAACACAAGAAGUGGGAAGGUGAUGCUGUUCUUAUUGCAAAAGGAAAGUCUGUGAUACUGAAAGAUAUGGAAGGCAAAGACAUUGGAAGAGGUACUGGAUAUAAAUCUAAAGACCUUGAAAGUCUUGAUGAAGGUCAAAUGCUGAUGAUUGGAGGAAAAGAAAUUGAAGUGAUGGGUAUAAUUUCAGCAGAGGACUUUAAUAGUGGCAAAUGUUUUCAGACUGAUGUUGGGACGUCCACCACAGUCCCAACUGCUUCUUCACAAAGUACCCUGAAACCAUUCUGUAGCCCAUUCAAAAAUGUCUGCAAGCCAAGCAAUAAAGAAAAUCUACUUAAAGAGUCCCAGAACUACAAACCUCGCCAUGAUCCAAAUGCAUCAAAUUCUUUAGUUAUGCCACGUCCAACUCCAGAUCACCAGCGGAUGUUCAAUAAGGCUGGUUUACCUGUGGUAGAUGUAGUUGUGGAUCCUUACCUUGUAAAUCAUCUUCGCCCACAUCAGAAAGAAGGAAUUGUAUUCCUGUACGAGUGUGUGAUGGGAAUGAGACUAAGUGACAGAUUUGGAGCUAUUCUUGCUGAUGAAAUGGGCUUAGGAAAAACACUGCAAUGCAUUUCGCUUGUCUGGACUCUCCUACGUCAGGGGCUGUAUGGAUGCAAACCUAUAAUAAAGCAGGCACUGAUUGUCACCCCUGGGAGUCUGGUGAAGAACUGGAAAAAAGAAUUUCAGAAAUGGCUGGGAAGUGAAAGGAUCAAAGUGUUUACAGUUGAUCAGGAUAACAAAGUAGAAGAAUUCAUCGAUUCCCCACUUCAUUCAGUUCUGAUAAUCAGUUAUGAGAUGUUGCUGCGCACCUUGGACCAAAUUCAGACUAUAGAAUUUAACCUCCUAAUCUGCGAUGAGGGGCAUCGUUUGAAAAACAGCUCCAUUAAGACAACUACAGCCCUCAUCAGUCUGUCCUGUGAGAGAAGAAUUAUCCUGACUGGCACUCCAAUUCAAAAUGACCUGCAAGAAUUUUACGCAUUAAUAGAGUUUGUAAAUCCAGGAAUACUUGGUUCUUUGUCCACAUACAGAAAAAUAUAUGAGGAGCCUAUUAUUCGGUUCAGAGAGCCUUCAGCAACAAAGGAAGAAAAGGAGUUAGGAGAGAAAAGAGCAGCAGAACUCACUCGCCUAACUGGACUGUUUAUUCUUAGAAGAACACAAGAGAUCAUAAACAAAUUUCUCCCACCGAAAAAGGAGAGCAUACUUUUCUGCCGACCAACAGCCUUGCAGCUUGAACUCUAUAGAAAACUGCUUAGUUCUCGAGUCAUUAGAUCCUGCCUACAAGGAGUACUAGAAAACAGUCCUCAUCUGAUAUGUAUAGGAGCUUUGAAAAAACUCUGCAACCAUCCCUGUCUUCUGUUUAAAGCCAUAAAGGAAAAAGAAUGUAAUCCAACUUGUGAUGAAUCUGAGGAAUCCAAUCUUUAUGAAGGUUUAAGAGAUAUUUUCCCUCAAGAUUAUACCUCCACCACUUUCACUGAAACUGACUCAGGAAAAUUACAGGUCCUGGCAAAGCUGUUGGCAGCGAUCAGUGAACUCAGCCCUUCUGAAAGAAUUGUGUUGGUAUCUAAUUAUACACAGACAUUGAAUAUUUUGCAAGAGAUGUGCAAACAUUAUGGAUAUUCUUAUACAAGACUUGAUGGACACACUCCUAUCUCCCAGAGGCAACAGAUUGUGGAUAGUUUUAAUAAUAAAUUCUGUUCAGCAUUUAUCUUUUUGCUGAGUUCGAAGGCUGGCGGUGUAGGUCUGAACCUUGUUGGAGCAUCUCAUUUAAUUCUGUAUGAUAUUGACUGGAAUCCAGCCACAGAUAUUCAGGCAAUGGCCAGGGUGUGGAGAGAUGGUCAGAAACACACUGUGAAUAUUUACAGACUGCUAACUACAGGCUCAAUAGAAGAAAAGAUCUAUCAGAGACAGAUCAGCAAGCAAGGCCUUUCUGGGGCAGUCGUAGACCUUUCCAAGACAUCUGAACACAUCCGUUUUUCCAUUGAGGAACUUAAAAAUCUCUUUAUACUACGUGAAGAUUCCAGCUGUGUUACCCAUGACCUGCUUGAGUGCAACUGUAUGGGAAAGAAAGACCAUCAAAAUCCUUCUUCAGAAAAGCUCCCCGUGUAUAGAGGUUGCCAGCUGGGACAACAUCAUGAGAAGGCUGAUUCAAAGAAACCUCUUUCUAUGUCACAGCUGAUGCAAUGGAAACACUUUUCAGGGCAGCACCAGACUCUUGCUGAUCCCUUCCUUGAAAGAAUAAAGAAUAAUAUUUCUUUUAUUUUCCAAAAUGUAACCAAUCCAGCUACUCCCACCCCAUAA